AUGUCGCAGUCCAAGAUGUCUGCAGCCGCUGUGGCCGGCCUGGUGGUCCUCCAUGCAGGUCUCAGCUUCGUGGUGCCUCGUGGUCCUGCAACCGCACCUAGGAUGUCCCCGGGCGUUGUGCCUGAGAUGGACCUUGCUGGCGGCUACAGCGGCUACAGCAUGGGUGCCGCUGUCGCAGUGUUAGCUGCGGGUGCAUUGGUUGCAGGAGCUCGUUCAUUGGUGGCCAGGAAAGCCUUGCAUGGCAUCAAGUUCAGUUACUCGCUUCAAAAGGACGCCUAUGCCGACCUGGAGUUCUUGAACGAUGUGGGCUACUUGCCAGAUGGCACACCAAUGAACAGGGCCGGCAACGCUGUCAACCACCCGGAGACCAUUGGACCAGAUCCUCACACUCCUGGCUCUCCUUUGCCAAGGGCUGAAUUCGUCAACUCCAUUGGCUACCUCCCAGAUGGCACUGCAAUGAACGCAGCAGGCAAUGCCUUGAACCAUCCGGAGACCAUGCAGCCGGACUUGCACACUCCUGGUUCCCCGUUGCCAACAUCCUACUACUAUGCCGACGUGGGUGACUUGUCUGUGAGGGACCCUGAGACGAAACUGCCAGGGGCGCCCCGAAGUCGAGUGCACUUUGGAGAUCACUCUGUGGCCUCGGAAGCCUCGGAAGGCUCCAAGUUGUCCUUUUGUGCAGGCUACUUGGUGGAUGGCACUGAUCUGAUGUGGGCUGGCAACAACUCUGUGAAGGCAGGUGCGCCAAUCCCUCCUGCACCAGCCUCGAGCCCUGCUCCGUCCAUGGCGGCCCCUGUGAUGGCUGGCGGUGUUGCUUCGGGCGGCAAUGUGAGCCAUCCCAUCGGCUUCCUGUAUGCCAUUCAGAAGGACGCCUAUGCGGACUUGACCUUCGGCAAUGAUGUCGGCUAUCUUCCUGAUGGCACUGCAAUGAACACCGCCGGCAACGCCGUCAACCACCCAGAGACCAUUGGACCAGAUCCUCACACCCCGGGCUCUCCCUUGCCCCGCGCGCUGUUCGUGAAUGAUGUGGGCUACUUGCCGGAUGGCACACCAUUGAACAGGGCCGGCAAUGCCAUCAACCACCCAGAGACCAUUGGACCUGACCCUCAUUCCCCUGGCUCCCCUCUGCCACCUUCGGCCUAUGCUGCGGACAUCGGAUAUUUGGUCGAUGGAACACCCUUGGAUGCGGCGGGCAACAACGCCAUCCACUGA